AUGAACGGGUUCGAAUCAGUGAAUCUAGACUCUACGGUUCUAGAUGAAGGUCGUAAGGAGUCAGCGUCCACAACGUCUGAUGAAGAAGACUUGAUCCCUCACGAUUUCAUUACCAGUGAACCCAUCAGUGAGUCCAGUGAUUCCCAUGUGAUACCCGGAGGUCUAACUGACAGUGAUGAGGACAGCCACGAGUACAGCCACGAGUACAGUGAGGAUAGCCGGCUCAAUCUGAUCGAUGAUCUACUCACAUCCACUGUGAGCAACGAUGCUUCAAUGGCUGAUCCCUCUGUCAUUCUUGACUUCCCCAAGCCUCCAAACAUAACCCAUUCAGGUGAAAACAUGGUCCAGUUCAUGCUCAGCAAAUGCCAAUCGUUGCAACAGGAAUUGAUCGACACUACAAGGCUACAAGACGUCUACAUCAAUGAGGGCAACGACAACUUGGACCAAACAAGACUGAGGAUUCAAACGUGUCUAACAAAACUAUCGGAAGCCUACUGCUCCCUCCAUGAGCUCUAUCAACGGGAACGAAACUAUGUCACUGCCACAUACGCUUCGUUCAACCAAUGGGACCAAAGGAGAGCCAAACUCUUGGCCAAGAUUUCGGACAUCAAGAGCACUUCAAGCAAAUACGGCAACAAAUUGGCCUCUUUGCUUGACGAUUCCAUAACUGUUGAUAACGAAAUUGCUGAAUUAGAAAGUAAACUCUCAAGUCUCCGCAACAAGAAGUUGGUUCUCAAUGCAGAAAUCAACUCCACAAGUUCUGUUUUGGAGAGUAAGACAUCAAAACAUGUGACGAUGUUUCGAGAUCUUGAUCAAAUGGGAUACGAAGCUUUAUUUUCUUUCCUCAAUGAACUGGGGGUCUCCGAGGGUCAGAUCCAUAACAUCAUCGACUACGCAACCGUUGAUGUCACCUUUAUGAAUAAAUACAAAGCUUCCAGCAAAAAAGCCCAAGAAUUGGCUCAAAGUAACGAUACAAUCAAAGGGUCAGCAUCAAAUGCCAACUCCAACUCAAAGUCAAAGCCAACUUCUUUACCUCCACCACCUUCCACACCAUUAUCACCAUAUGAAAAGGGGUUCGCCAAGGGCUCAAACAGCUCAAAGAAGAUAAGAAACCGCGUGCUUGCCAUAUUCCAAACCUACUUGCCUAAUGAUAAACAUCAACAAUACCAAUCCACUGACCAUCAACUUUCUUCAUCUGUUCCUCACAUACCAAAGACUAAUGAAUUGCAAGUUGACGACGAACAGAAUACCAUCUCGACCAAAUUGAAUCUAGAACCAAUCCUCCUACUUCUAAAGCACAAGGAACAAGCUCUACAAGAUUUGGAUCUUCAAGCCUCGAAAAUAGCUGCAAACUAUCACCAAUGUGAAAAGGCUUGGUCAGACUUGCAACUAGUUCUAGCACUGCAAGAACGGAAGCUCUUGAGUUACUUGGAAGCUUCCACAAACAUGCAAGCUGAUGGAGUAAAGAAUACAACUGUUUCAAUCAUCGAAACCUCCAUCAACCAAAUCCAAAGUACUUUGGAACGCAAUAACUUUAAAGAGUUUGACCCCACUUUGAAGCUUGCCAUAGUUAACGAAAUUAGAGCACUCAUUGCUGCUAUUAAUCUAGUAGCCAAUGUUGAUCUUUCCAAUAGCUUGGCCUCGUUGGCUCGUGUGGGUAUCUCGGAAGAGUGGCUCCUUAAUGACCAUAAAAGUCAACACCAAUACACUAACCUUCGGGCUCAUGAAGAAUCCACUACAAUAUCAAAUGAUUUGACUUAUUUUGGGAUUCCUCUGGUCAACAACCUUGUAAUGAAUACAAAUGAUCGUGAUCUUGUUCCUUCAGAAACAUUUCUUGUAGGAACAAGCAAACAAAUAAAGAAAGAAUGA